AUGGAGAACUCAGUCCUAUCCUGUGUCCUUUAUCCAGGUGAUGGGAAUAUCAGUGAGGCAAAGACCUGUCCAAAAAGGCUCUGCGGAGAAGCGGAGCAGCAGCUAGGGCCCCCGGCAAAAGCUCUGGGGGAAGCAGAGCGCAGCAACGGCAGCCAGCAGCAGCCCGGCUCCAUGGAAGGGAGCGCAUCAGCGGGGGAAGAGGAGAGCGGGGGUGGGGAAAGCGCCGCGCUCCCUUUGCAAGCCCCCUGUGGUUUCAGCUCCUCCUUGUGCUUCAGCUCGCCCGGGGCGGGGGACAAAGCCCCGCAGCAGGAUCCCGGAGCAGCCUCCUCCUGCAGCCGGGUGGUGAAGAGCCAGUGGGAGAUUAACAACGCUGCGUCCGAGGAGGAGGGGGAGGCGGGAGGAGCCGACAUCGCCCGGCCGCCGCCUGGCACUUACUGUCCCCAGGCUGGAGCGCAGCCCAGCAGCCCGCAGCAGCCGGUCUCAGAGGAGCCGGACCUGGUGAUCGAAGUGUCCGGCCAGCGGAUCCGAGCCCACAAGUCGGUGCUGGCAGCCAAAAGCGACUAUUUCCGUGCACGCUCGUCCCGGGACAUCCUGCGGGUGAAGGGGGUUAGCUACGGGGCUCUGCGUCUGCUCAUCGACUACGUCUACACGGCCCGCAUGGGCGAGGUGCGCCAUGACAACCUGGCCGAGGUGGUGAGCGGCGCCCGCGUGCUGCAGAUGCCCUGCGCCCUGCACUGCGCAGCUGAGGCCAUGCGGGCCCAGCUGCGCCUCGACAACUGCUACCAGCUGCUGUGCCUGGCCAAGAAGCAGCGGCUGGCGGAGCUGCGGGAGGCCACCUACCGCUUCAUGAGCGACCACUACCUGCAGGUGCUGCGGGAGCCCGCCGUCUACGGGCGCCUGAGCGGCGCGGAGCGGGACCUCAUCCUGCAGCGCCGCCUGGAGGCCGGCAAGCGGUGCCUGCUGGUGGCUGAGGUCAGCGAUGCCUUCGAGAGGCUGAGCGUGGGCAGCAGGCCACAGAGCCGGGAGAGCAGCCGGCCGCAGAGCCCCUCCUCCGUGGUGUCGCUGGAGGAGAGCAGCUACCUGAUCUACUGCUACCAGGAGGCAGCCAAGGAGUGGAGGGUGCUGACCCGCCUGCCUGAGGAGGCCAAUGCCAAGGGCUGCGCCAUGUGCGUCCUCUACAACUACCUCUUCUUGGCUGGGGGCAUCGCGGCGGCGCCGGGCGAGCAGCGCGCCCGCCUCUCCGACAAGGUCUUCUGCUACAACCCACUCACAGACACGUGGAGCCAGGUGCGGCCGCUGGGCCAGCCCCGCUCACAGCUCAAGCUGCUGGCCUUGGAUGGCUACCUCUACGCUGUGGGGGGCGAAUGCCUCUUCACGGUGGAGAGGUAUGACCCCCGGGCCGACCGCUGGAGCCCGGUGGCGCCGUUGCUCAAGGGCGCCUUUGCCGUGGCGCAUGAAGCCACCACCUGCAACGGGGAGAUCUAUGUGUCGGGUGGCUCCCUCUUCUACCGCCUGCUCAAGUACGACCCCCGGCGGGACGAGUGGCAGGAGUGCCCCUACAACAGUAGCCGCCGCCGCUCCGCUGACAUGGUGGCCUUCAAGAGCUUCAUCUACCGCUUCGACCUGAGCGGCAGCCGCGGCGAGCAGGGCCAAGCCGGCGGGGUCGAGGUCUUCCGCUACAACACCGUGGCCAAGCGCUGGAGCCAGUGCGCCUCCCUGAGGCCCAGCAGCGGCCCCCUGCAGCCCUUCCGCUGCGCCGCCCUGGGCAGCACCAUCUACUGUGUCAACCGGGCCGGCACCCUACGCUUCAACCUGGCCCAGGACGGCGAGGUGGAGGCUGACGGGGGGCUGCCAGGCAGCUUCGAUGCGGAGCUGCUCAAGGCCCCCUUCGAGGCCAAAGGUGUCCUCCUGCCCUUCGUGCUCACCCUGCCGGAGAAGCCAGACAAAGCUGGGGAGCCAGAGAGCCCCCUGGUGCUCUGA